UCUGAAUAACAUCAAUUAACAAAAGAGAUAGAGAGCAAGCAGAGUUGGUGAAACCAAACAAACUUUUUCGUAGAAGUUAUAAAAAUACACACACACACAAAAACAAUAACAACAAGCUUAAAACACUAACAACAACAAAGCCGGUCACUAUGAUCUCAACCCAAGCCCCCAAACAAUUGGGCAGAAGCUCAAUAAAGCGCAAAAUAUGUUUACACUCUGCUGUGGCGGCGAAUGGUGAGCGAGCAUUGUUGUUAUUGUUGCUGCUGCUGCUGCUGCUGCUGUCUGUAAGACACAUAUGAGCGUAUGGGGCUUGCUAGGCAAAAAACUAAUGACCACAUACAAAACUUGAAACUCAAUUCAGUUUGAACGUAGUUACACCAAUGUCCAGUGCCAAAUGGUUGGGCAACGCAACAUACGCUAGCAAUAACUAAAGACAAAAAGUCUGAAAACAGCCAAAAAAAAUAUUUGAGAAUUAAAAGAAAAAUUAAUUCGAAAAACAGAAUUAUUGCUAAAAACAAAAUAGAGCCAAUGAAAGUGGGCCGCAUUAAAACAGUUUCAAAUAACGUCAAAAUGUCUUCAUCUCCAGCACCCGCCAGCAUCAACACCCCUGCCAGCAGCACAUAUGCCUCAGCAACAACAACCGCAACAGCACCCCUAAGACAGCCAAAUCAUCGAGCACCGGCAACUGCCUCCACCGCUCCCUUGACUACAAAUAGCACACGCCAGCAACAGGAGGAAGAUGAAAGAUGUAAAAAAGUGAAACGCUUCGUUGGGGGUGGCCUUUUGAUUGUCUUGAUUGUCAUAGGCUGGCAUUUGUAUGAACACUUCACCUAUGAUCCCCUGCAUCAAGUUAAAGAAUCCCCCAUGGAGCAUGAAAUCCAUGAGUUUACACGCAGUCUAUAUGAACUGGAAGUCCAGCACAAUCCCUAUCUGGCGAAAGUGAAUUUUCAGGGCAGAACUAAAGCCUCAUAUCGCGAUGAUAGAGCACAACAUCCUCUACUUCAAGUCAAUGAAGAUUUAUUGGCCUCGGGUGGCGAAGAAACUCGCACCAUUGUCUUAAUGAGACGUUUAUUCGAUAAUUAUGAAUUGGAUACCCAUACAGUGGAGCAUGUAACCGCAGAGGAGGAACAAGAGGAAGAUGAAUUCUUGAAGGCCAUAUUGGCAACGCCUGUGAUGCAAAGAACAAUGAAAUUUUUGGAGUUUAAAGGUGUUGCCACCAACAACAAAGACUCACAGCUGCAUCUCCUUAAGGACAUGUGGUUUAGCCAAUACUCAAGGGGACAAGGGCGCAUUGGUAGCUCAGGAUUUGAGCAUGUCUUCCUGGCGGAGAUACGAGAGGGCAAUAUACUCGGUCUACACAAUUGGAUAUAUUUCCAUGAGCAAGAGAAACUCGGACACUUAGACUAUAAAGGACAUAUAGAAAAAUUAAAUCUAGAAAAGGAUGGUCACUAUUUGAUGUCGCUGCGUUUUAGCUUUCACCGCAUCAACAAACCCUACAACACCCUCUUUGUGGGCACCUCUCCGGAACUGGAAAUGAGCCUCUACACCAUGUGCUUUCUGCUGAGUGUGGGUCAGCCUUGUGCCGUGCAAUUGGGUCAUGUGAAAUUCAGUAUUAUCACUCAUGCCUGGGAUUGGCAUGGCAAGAAAAUGGUUGCCACUGCCUAUCCCUCUUUGGAGAAUUAGUUGAAAUUCCUAUUUUUUUAUAAUAAAUUAAUUUUAUUAAUUUUUUUUAAA